UGAUGUCUUCAUCUGUCAGUCCGUGAAAUCGUACACAACCCGCUAGGCCUCGGAAUAGUUCCGCAUUCUCCGGUUCCUGUUCAAGCCCAGAACAACUACCGUAAAAAGGCGCCACCAGCUAGAAGCAGUCAUCUAGAGUACAGGAACAUCCACCAGAAACGAUCCACCUCGAUAUGGCCGCCGGAACCAGCUUCGACGUGAGCAAGUACAAGACCUUCUACGAGUGCGACGAACACUGGGAACUGCGCCGUAUGUUCAUGGAACGGCACAAGGACCGCUUCAGCGAGGACGAGCUGGUUUGCCUGGCGCAGGUUUUCACCAACGUGGAGUUUCUGGGCUGUCGCUAUCCGGCGGAGACGAUGACCCUGAUUGCGGAACUGUCCAAGGACGUGGCGGCCGAGUACCGGCAGUCGCGCGAAACCAAACUGAAGCGGACGUUUGUGGCGGCGUCCGAUGCUGCCGCGGCCAGGUAUGCCAAGAAGUAGGAGGCAGAGGUUUACAUUUUAAGAUUUUCGAAGAAUAAGGACAAAGUUCAACGCCUGGGCGGUUUCUUUAAAUACUGCACAUUUAUUUUUCAAUCAUUGUAAUGAUUCUAGGAUAAUUUAGUGGCGUAUUUCAUGUAUAAGUUGGAUUUUUUUGUAAAAUAAAAAAUAUAGUUAAAAUAAAAAAUGUUCUUCCUAUA